AUGUCUGUAAUUGGGGAGGCAGUUCUUUCAGUCACCAUUGAGAUGCUGAUAGAAAAGUUGGUUUCAGAUGUGCUUCUGCGAUUUGGAUGCCAAGAGCCAAUCCUUGCUGAUCUCAAAAAGUGGGAAAAGAUGUUGAUGAAGAUUCGUGCAGUGCUUGACGAUGCAGAUGAGAAGCAGAUGACGAACAGGUUAGUGAAGAUCUGGCUUGGUGAACUUCAAAACUUGGCUUAUGAUGUGGAAGACAUACUGGAUGAGUUUGCCACUGAAGGUUUGCGGAGGAAGUUGUUGCUCGAACCUCAAACUCAAGCCACCAAAAGUAAGGUACGAAAAUUAAUUUCUUCUCACUUCACCAGCUUGAAUUCAAGAUCUUUUAAGUUCAAUUCCGAGAUGGUGGCCCAAAUAAAACAGAUUAGUACCAGGUUGCAAAAUAUUGCAACAGAGAAAGACCAACUGGGUCUGGAAAAAAAUUUAGGAGGAAGGUUUAACACAGUCAAACAAACACCGCCCACAACCUCUUUGGUGAAUGAAGCCAAAGUUUAUGGUAGGGAAGAAGAUAAGGAGGCAAUACUUAAAACAUUGCUAAGAGAUGAUUUGAGUACAGAUGAUGGAGUCCCUGUUAUUUCUAUAGUAGGGAUGGGAGGGAUAGGCAAGACUACUCUUGCUCAGCUUAUUUACAAUGAUGUCAAAGUGGAAAAUCAUUUUGAUAUCAAUGCAUGGGUUCAUGUUUCUGACGAUUUUGAUAUUACUAAGACGACAAAAUCAAUUCUAAGGUCUAUUGCUCCUGGGAAUAGCGAUGAUAAUGACCUAAACAUGUUUCAGAUUGAAUUGAAGCAGCAACUGUUGAAAAGGAAGUUUUUGCUGGUUUCGGAUGACAUUUGGAAUGAGAACUAUGGUGACUGGAAUGCCCUAUGCUCUCCUUUUGAAGUUGGCGCACUAGGAAGUAAGAUUCUUGUUACGACUCGGAAUCAAAGCGUUUCAUCAAUUAUGAGUACUCUUCCAACUUACACGCUGAGAGAGUUGUCACAUGAUGAUUGUUUGUGCAUAUUUACUCAACACUCGUUAGGGACAAGAGAUUUUAGCAUGCAUCAACACUUGAAGGAAGUUGGUGAGAAGAUAGUGAAAAAAUGCAAGGGCUUGCCUUUGGCAGUAAAAACACUUGGUGGCCUUUUACGAGGUAAAUAUGAUGUCAAUAAUUGGGAAUAUGUGUUAAACAGCAAAAUAUGGGAUUUACCUGAAGGGACAUGCAAUGUUAUACCAGCUCUUAGAAUUAGUUAUCAUUAUCUUCCUUCUCAUUUGAAGCGUUGUUUUGCAUAUUGUUCCAUAUUUCCAAAGGGUUAUGAGUUUCAAGAAAAGGAGAUAACUUUAUUAUGGAUGGCUGAGGGUUUUCUACAACAUGAAAUUACUGAGAUGCAAUUGGAAGAUGUAGGCCACAAGGCUUUUUUCGAGCUUUUGUCGAGGUCAUUUUUUCAGCAAUCAAGCAUAAACAGCUCACUUUUUUUUAUGCAUGACCUCAUCAAUGAUCUUGCUCAAUGGGCAGCUGGAAAAAUAUGCUUGAGGUUGGAGAAUAUAGGAGAGGGUGACAAGAUAGAGAGAAUUUCAGAAAAUCUUCGCCAUUUAUCUUGCACAGCUAGCUCAUCUUGCGCAGCUAGCUCAUUUUAUGGCUUUAAAAGUUUUGAGGCCUCCAGAUAUUUACGAACUUUCUUACCAUUGAUACCUCGAAGCUACAUGGCCUUGAAAAGUUCCGUGGGUUGUAAUGUUUGCUAUAUAUUGUCAAAACUAUCACGUUUAAGGGUUCUAUCUUUGCGGAAUCAUUGCAUCUCNUGUUGUAGAUAA